AUGGCUACUGCCCCUGAAGGGUCUGCCCAGCUGAGGCUAGCAUUGCUGCUCAUCUCUCUGGGUGUCAGGUUAACAGCCACUCAGAAAUCUGUGGUGUCCUUGAACCCACCAUGGAUUACAAUAUUUACUGGAGAAAACGUGACUUUUUCUUGCCAAGGAAACAAUUCCUCUCAAACGAAGUCUACUAAAUGGAUCCACAAUGGCAUUAUAUCUAAGGUGACGUCUUCCCGUUUGGUCAUUGUGGGUGCCACCUUUCAAGACAGUGGAAAAUACAUAUGUCAGAACCAAGGACUUUACAAGAGUAAACCUGUGUACUUGAAAGUGAUGCAAGAGUGGCUGCUCCUUCAGACUUCUGCUGAUAUGGUCUUAGAAAAUAAGUCUUUUGACAUCAGAUGCCAUGGCUGGAAGAACUGGAAUGUCCGCAUGGUGAGCUUCUACAGGAAUGACUUUGCUUUCAAGUACGUUUAUGAGAACCCCAAAAUCUCCAUUAGAGAUGCCACACUUAAUGACAGUGGCACAUACUACUGCACAGGUCGACUUAAGCGGCUGAACUACACAUCUGAGAAACUCAGAAUUACUGUAAUAAAAGCUUACAAAAGCAAGUAUCGUUGGCUACAAUUAUUUUUCCCAUUGUUGGUGGUGAUUCUGUUUGCUGUGGACACGGGGUUAUUGUUCUCAACCCAGGAACAGUUUGCAUCAAUCUUGAAGUUUGAGAAGACUAGAAAAGGCAACAAAGUUGGAUCCUAACUCUUAACCUAGGUGUAUAAAGGAACUGAGGUCAUUGCUGAAGACAAAAUUCUUCACAGUAAUUUUUCACAGUGUUCUCAAUAGCUUCUCAAAUGGCAAAGGUCACUCACAUUAUCCAUAGAAAAGUCUGUGCCCUAGGAUUUGCAUAAAUGCUUUGUUAAAAACAACUGCUGCUGAUUAAGUGACAUGUAAUAGUAAAUGCUCAAUAAACACAGGCUUAAUGUGUUAAAGAAUGGGUUAAUU